UCUAAAAACCCCAAAUAUUUACACAUACCCCUCUUUCAAAAAAUUCUACCGCACCGCCACCGCCACCGCCAAUUCCUCCUCCUCCGCCGCCGCCGCCGCCGCCGCUACAUCCAUGUCCUCCCCUUCCCCCCGCCGCCUCCCCUCCGACACCGAAGAUCUCGCCCCUCCCUUCCCGGUAAAGCCCGAUUCCCCAUCUCCUCCGCCGCCGCCGCCGCCGUCGAAAUCCCCCGCUUUCCCCGGGCGCGAGGACUGCUGGUCGGAGGAGGCGACGCGGACCCUGAUCGACGCGUGGGGGGCCCACUACCUCGGCCUGAACCGCGGCAAUCUCCGGCAGCAGCAGUGGCGCGAGGUCGCCGACGCCGUCAACGCCGCCCACGCCUCCAAACUCCGCCGCACCGACGUCCAGUGCAAAAACCGCAUCGACACCACCAAGAAGAAGUACAAGAUCGAGAAGUCCAAAUCCCUCCAAUCCAACGGCCGCUACGCCUCCCCCUGGCCCCACUUCCACAGCCUCGACGCCCUCAUCGGCGACUCCUUCUCCAAAUCCGCCGCCGCCGCCGGAAACAAAAAUCACCGCCGAAAGAUCUCCCCACCGCCGGAGAUCUCCCCAUCUCCGUCCCCGUCGCCGUCGCCGGAGCCGAUCUCCGGCAACCGGAAAAUCUCGCCGGCGAUUAACCGGAGCCCCCUGCUGAGGCUCCCGUGGUCGGUGCCGGUGGGGCCCAGGUCGAAGCGGUCAGGCCCGGGCGGGGUCACCGAGCGGAACUUCUCCGUGAUGGCGGCCGCCGCGGCUGCGAUGGAGGCUGGGCGGGACGAGGAGUACGGCGACAGCGGCCUCGGGGGUGGGCGGCCGGCGGCAUCCGCCAAGAGGAGGAAGAAGGCCGUAACGGCGACGGGGAGGCGGGACGGGUACCGGAUGCUGGCGGCGGCGAUAAUGAGCCUCGGCGAAACCUAUGAGAAAGUGGAGGUGGCGAAGCAGAGGCAGAUGGUGGAGUUUGAGAAACAGAGGAUGCAGUUUGCUAAGGAUUUGGAGCUUCUUAGAGCUCAGGUUCAACUUGACAACCUCAAGCACUUCCCAAAAUAUUACUAAUAGUUAAUUGGAGAAGUGGGAGAAAGAUUUGGCAAAAUGAUGGGCUGAUCCUUUUGGAAAAUACAAGUAGCUGUUCAUCUUAGUUAGUACUAAUAUACGUACAGUUCUUGCUAAUUUUAGAUUAUACUUAAUCUAUAAUUACUGGGUAUGUUGAAACUAUGUUGGUUGAAUACUUUUGUAACAGUGGUAUAUUAUGAAAUGUUCUUUUUUUGUGUGUUAA